UGCUGAUGCUGCUGGAUGCUGCACGGUGGCGCAGCCCAGAUCCAACUGAGGAUUUGAGGAUGGAAACGUGAGGACAGCGGGUCUGCUGGAAGCGAGUAGUCCGGAAUGGAAUAACCCCGAAGACCCCCAGUAUUCACUCGUGGUGUCCAUUUGAUGCGUUACUUUCACCCCCAUUGAGAGAAACCUGCCCCCCCCUCGCCCUCCGCUCAGCUCCUAAUAGGAUUUUAUUGAAGCGCGUCCCUCCGGAUCAGGUGCGCCGGCAUUUCCUUAACUUACCUGGGAUGAUGGUUGCGGCUCGUUCUGCAGCCAGCGCACAGGUGGGAGUGUGGAUUUAAAUUCCCAAACUUUGGAUCUUCUCUUUGUGGGAUUUGUUUUUUUUUUUCUAGAGGAGGGGGGGGGUGGGGAUGGCGGCUGUUGAUUGGAGACCCCGCACGCGUCUUGUUUGACACAUCAGCUCGUUCUGGAUGGAUGCUGGCGAUGUUAUCACGGCUGUUCUGGCACAUGAUCGUGUGUGCACAUUCCCUCCGCGGAUACCUGCCGUCCAGUCCGGGGUCUUUCCUCCAGGAAACUUUGUGACCGGGACGCGGCGGAGGAUGAAGGCAGCGCAGCGUUUGUGGCUUCCCAGCGGACGCAGAGCUCAGUGACUGCUCCUCACACGUGGUUUUAAUAUAUAUUGUAUAUGUUUGUGGAUGGAUUUGUGAGCUGGAGUCUUAUAGCUGGAGAAUGUGUACCCAGACUGUGGAGUCCUGCUCAGGCUGGAGGGGCGAGCAGCGGAUACCCCUUCCUGGGACCACAGGUGUUCCUGGUAAACAGUCAGGUCUGCACUGAGGGGAGCUGUGUCACAGAGAGGAAAUUAAAGAGACUGAAAGUGUUAACAGCAUCUGUAUGAAGGAAGGUUUAAUGGAUGCAAAGUGGACCACGUGUCUCCAGUGACUCCAAAUCCCAAAAUGCCGAGCUGUGGAUAGAGAGGCUUCCCCCUGGGUCGAGUUGACCUGUGUCUACCUCCCUGCACCUCCUCUCUGUCAUUUCCUAGUUCCUCAUCCUCCCUCUAUCCUCCCCUUACUCUUUCUCCUUUUUCAAAUCUUCUUCCUCUCUUCCCUGCACUACUAUCAGCCUCUCACCCCCCCCUCCCCCCCCUUUCCUCCUCUCCUCUCUCCCUCCCCUGGUUCUACCUUUCCCCCCCAAACCCAUCACCACGUCCUCCUCUCCCUCCCCCCACAGCACACAUGCAGGCCAAGAAGCGGUACCUGCUCGUGUCUGUGGGGGCCGGUCUUCUCUUCCUCGUCUACCUGUGGGGUCUGCAAAUCGGGGAGUUCCAGCAGCAGCCGUACCAGUAUCACCAGUUUCCCCAGUACCCCCAAUACCACCAGCAGGAAUACCAGUACUACCACCAGAGCCAGGAGGUGUACCAGCCCCAGCCCCAGCCCCUGCCCCAGAGAAGCCCGUCCAGACCCCCCAGGCACUGGCCGGAGUCGACCCAGCUGCUGGAGCCGUACCUGGAGGGGGGAGAGCAAGAGGAGGACAGCCCUCAGCUCCAGCACCAGCACACCUCACCUCGGGAACGUCGUGCGAUCCGCGACAACAUCUACAAGAACAAGCGCUGCCGCAUGGAAACCUGCUUCGACUUUGCUCGCUGCCAGUCGGGCUUCAGGGUUUACAUCUACCCUCCACAGAGAGGGGACGAGAUCUCCGAGACCUACCAGAAGAUCCUGUCGUCCAUCGAGGAGUCCCGCUUCCACACCACAGACCCUUCGCGGGCCUGUCUGUUCAUUCUCGCCGUGGACACGUUGGACAGGGACCAGCUCUCGGCCCAGUUCGUCCAGAACGUCCGGCUCCGCAUCCAGAGUCUGCCGACGUGGAACGAUGGAAGGAACCACCUCAUAUUCAAUCUCUACUCUGGCACCUGGCCGGACUACACAGAGGAUCUGGGCUUCGAGGUGGGCCAGGCCAUGCUCGCCAAGGCCAGCGCAGACGUGGUCAACUUCAGACCCCACUUUGAUAUCUCCAUCCCUCUAUUCUCCAAGGAUCACCCGCCGAAAGGAGGGGGCAUAGGUUACCUGACGCUCAACGACGCACCGCCCUCCAGGAAGUACCUGCUGGUUUUCAAAGGGAAGCGAUACCUAACAGGCAUCGGUUCAGAGACCAGGAACGCUCUGUAUCACAUCCACAACGGGGAAGAUAUUAUUCUGCUGACCACAUGCAAACACGGCAAAGACUGGGAGAAACACAAGGACUCUCGCUGUGGCAGAGAUAAUGAAGAAUACUCAAAGUUCGACUACCAGGAGCUGCUCCACAACUCCAGUUUCUGUCUGGUGCCCCGGGGCCGACGUCUGGGAUCGUUUCGCUUCCUGGAGGCCCUGCAGGCGGCUUGCAUCCCCGUUAUUCUCAGUAACGGCUGGGAGCUUCCCUUCUCUGAAGUCAUCGACUGGAGGAAGGCCGCCAUCAUUGGAGACGAGAGACUUCUGUUACAGGUUUCCUCCAUUACCCGGUCUGUGGGCCAUGACAGGAUCCUGGCUCUCCGCCAGCAGACUCAGUUCCUCUGGGACGCCUACUUUUCUUCUGUAGCCAAAAUCGUCUUAACUACUCUGGAGAUCAUCCAGGACCGCGUGGACUCCCAUGUGUCCAGAAACCGUUUGUUGUGGAACUCCCUACCUGGUGGUCUCUAUGCACUCCCCCAGUACUCAACUGACCCUGCCCAGUUCCCUUUUUACUAUGCCAUACUGGGUAAGAGCCCCUCGCAGCAGUUUACAGCUGUGAUCCAUACGGUUACUCCUCUGCAGUCCCAGAUCUCCCCUGUGGUCAAGCUCAUCAUCGCUGUAGCCAAGUCCAAGUUCUGUGCACAGAUUGUGGUUUUAUGGAACUGCGACAAGCCUUUACCUCCUAGGAACAAGUGGCCCUCCACCAGCGUGCCUCUCACUGUCAUUGAAGGACAGACCAAGACGAUGAGCAGUCGUUUUUUCCCCCACGACGUCAUCCUCACUGAUGCCGUUCUCAGUCUGGAUGAAGACUCGGUUCUCUCGACAAAUGAGGUGGAUUUUGCCUUUAUCGUGUGGCAAAACUUUCCGGAGCGUAUCGUUGGUUAUCCAGCGAGGAGCCACUACUGGGAUAGUUCCAGAUCCCGCUGGGGCUACACCUCUAAAUGGACCAAUGACUACUCCAUGGUCCUCACAGGGGCAGCUUUCUACCACAGAUACUACCACUACCUGUUCACCCACUACGUCCCGGCCAACCUGCUGACCACGGUGGACCGCAUUUCUAAUUGCGAAGACAUCCUGAUGAACUUCCUGGUUUCGGCCGUUACCAAGCAGCCGCCAAUCAAAGUCACGCAGAAGAAGCAGUACAAGGAAACCAUGAUGAGCCAGGGCUCCAAGGCGUCUCGGUGGGCUGACCCAGAUCACUUCGCCCAGCGACAGACCUGCAUGAACGCCUUCAGUCAUUGGCUGGGUUUCAUGCCCCUGGUGCACUCCCAGAUGAGGCUGGACCCUGUGUUGUUCAGGGACCAGGUUUCCAUCCUGAGGAAGAAAUACAGGGACAUUGAGAAGCUGUGAACGCACAAGGAUACACACCAAAUAAUUGGUGACCGAGAGAGAGAGAAAGUAUGAGCGGCUGGCCACAUGUGUGCGUGUGUUGUUGUGUUCCCUGCUCGAGAGGCCGUGACAAGAAUACACACACUGAAUGUGACCGCUUGUGUGACUAUAAAAGAAAACUCACACGUGCACCGGACAUAAAAAUGAUAAAUCACUGAGGUACGCGUAAGGCAUUUAACUGUGUAUUCCUAUGAAGAAAAAAAAAAUAAUUGGGUAUGCGUGGUUGAUAACAGCGAGUGCAUACCCACCAUCUGUGACAAUACACAUAAAUAUGAAUGCAUGGAAACACAUGCAACAAAAGGCCUGGACACGUUGAAGACAGUCCUGACCACAGACUUGCAGUAUGUGUUGCAUGGUUUGAACAAGACAACUGUACAAGGACCUGAAAAACUUAAUGUGUUUGAUUUAAAAAAAAAAAAAAAAAUACAUUUAUUGUGGAAGUUGGACUGUUGGCAGGAGAAGAGUAAACUAUGGGAGAUUUAUGGGUUAUAGGUUAUAUUCAUCAGUCAACUGACACACUCUCUGGGGUUUUAUGUACAGUAAAGACAUAUUGUGGACAAACUGUCGGUUCUGGGUCGGGCCACAAAACCCCCCAGAGACAACGGCAAUAUGCCUCUUGUAUACUAUUGUAGAUUUUCAGCAGCAGUUCCUGUCUGUAUGAAGAAAAUAAAAAAAUAAAAAAUAAAGAGAUGUUAUGUUAUAAGACAAAGAA